AAAUGGCACCUUCUCUCACACCCCCCCUUCCUUCUCAGCGAUUCUGUCACCCUGCCUGUCCCCAUCGGUAGGGCGGUGACGAUCCUACACUGCCCUACCCCACGGCACCCUUCCAUUCCUGACCCCAUUCUAAGUUCACUCCUGUUACGUUUAAACAUGACGGAGUUCCCGCGUCCCGCCCCGAACCGACCCUCCCCUUUAAAUCGAGGCCUGCCAAGGUCCCAGCUGUCAUCUUGGUCACAGCCUUCCCACCCCGAACUCAUUUCAGUCGCUACUGAGCCACGGGGAUCCGCGUCCAGGGAGAGCGGCCGCUGACACGCGCUUUGCCAGCAAACUCUUCAGGGACUGAAAAAGAAAAUCCUAAUUAUUUUUGCCCAGGGUGGAAUCUGUUCUUGACGCAGCCUGUCCGCGGCCACGGCGUUGCAAUUAAUCUGUUAUCUCUCUCCAACUCUCUCUCUCUGAAAAGCAGGAUAAAAUUUAUUCCUGGAACCCUGCAUAGUUCUGCAAAGUUUGGAAAACUUCCACCGUCCAGAAGCGUUCUGUGUGGUUCUGUAGAUGUUUUGUAGAGUGCACUACAGUUCGGUUUCGAAAAGUUUUUAGGAGUUCUGAAAAGUUCCGAGAAGUAAAAGUUCUGAAAUGAAAGUUCUAAACAUUCUGAAAAGUCGUGAAAGGUUUUGAAGAUUUCUGAAAAGUUUUUAAAGUUGAGAAUAUUUUGAAAAAAAAAGUUACUUUUCGAAAGUUUCAAACAAAACUUUUCUUCGGAGAGUUGACAGAGCGGACUGAGGAGGGUUCUGUGGGGCUGAGGCCGGUGUUGGCAGAAGAUCUGAAAGGGCUGUCCCCUUCUCCGUUUGUCACCGAUGACUCGAGGUACCGAGGUGGGGAGGCGGCCGGAGGCGGCGAUCGGACCGGGCGGACCGGGGACAAAGCCGGCGGCGCCGCUGGGACCCUGGCAACGAUGCCUGCGUUGUCUCAGCGGUUGCAGCCCGUGUUUCAAGAAAAGCAGCGGGAACUACGAUAUGGGCGGGGACCGGCAGGACGGAGCGUCGACAGCGGUGGAUGAAGGAGCGGGCCAGCAGGUCACCUCCCUGGACCUUCAGGCCGGAGACAACAAGGAGAGACACCACACCCAGGACUUCGACUAUGAGGAGCUGAUCAUUCGCCGGGGCUUCCCCUUCCAGAUGGGGGUGACCCUCAGCUGCCCCUUUGACCGCCAGUCCGACCCCCUGCAGAUGGAGCUCAGCACUGGCAACAACCCCCAGCUGGCAAAGGGGACUCUGGUGGUGUUGACUCUGGACAGUGAGCCGGAGCCAGGGGAAUGGGCUCUGGCACUGAAGGCGAUUAGCGAUGGGGGCCGCACGCUCGCCCUCACCGUCCAUGUUCCUGCGGACUGUCCCAUCGGACGAUACCGACUUUCCGUCUCGGCGAGGGCGGGACAGAAGCAGGAGGCUGCUCUCUACGUACUUUUCAACCCCUGGUGCACAGCCGACGUGGUGUACAUGGAGGGGGAGAAGGAGAAGGCGGAGUACGUCCUGAACGAGUCUGGACGAAUCUACUACGGGACAGAGACGCAGAUCGGGGUCAGGACGUGGAACUUCGGACAGUUUUCCCAAGGCAUCCUGGAGGCCUCCCUGAAGAUCCUAGAGAAAGGUCAGAUUCCGGUGACGGGAUGGAGGAACGCAAUCAGUGUCGUACGCACAGUCUCCGCCAUGGUGAAUUCGCAGGAUGACGCGGGGGUCCUGGUGGGGAACUGGUCGGGUGAUUACUCGGGUGGGACGUCUCCGACCAGUUGGGUGGGAAGUGUGGAGAUCCUGCUCCAGUACCUCCGCACGGGAUCAGUCUGCUACGGCCAGUGCUGGGUCUUCUCAGGGGUCACGACCACAGUGCUGCGAUGUCUAGGGAUCCCCACCCGUCCAGUGACCAACUUCUCCUCAGCCCACGACACCGACGUCAGCCUCACCACCGACGUCUUCCUGGACGAGGACCUGAAGCCCCUCGAGGAGAUGAACUACGACUCCAUCUGGAACUUCCACGUCUGGAACGACUGCUGGAUGGCUCGGCCAGAUCUGCCGGCGGGACAUGGCGGCUGGCAAGCCGUUGACGCCACUCCCCAGGAGACCAGCUCAGGCAUUUACUGCUGCGGUCCUGCCUCGCUGGAAGCUGUCCGCAAUGGGCUGGUCUACCUGACGUAUGAUGCUCCUUUCAUCUUCGCUGAGGUGAACAGUGACAAGGUCUUCUGGCAGAGACAGACGAACGGCCAGUUCAAGAAGCUGCUGGUGCAGCAGAAGGUGGUGGGUCACAAGAUCAGCACGAAGGCGGUGGGUUCCGACGAGAGGGAGGACAUCACCCACCUCUACAAGUAUCAGGAAGGUUCGGAUGAGGAGCGGAUCGCCGUGGAAACGGCCUGUCGCCACGGCAGCCGGCCCAACACUUACGAGAAUGGGCGAGUGCGGGGCGAGGUGGGGGCAGAGGUGUCCGCUCCGGACGACGUAGAGAUGGGUCAGGACUUUGCAUUGACCGUGAAGCUGAGGAACAGCAGUGCCGAGACCCGCACCCUGGUGCUCUUCGUCCAGGCGGCCGUCAUGUUCUACACCGGCGUCUGCAAGGCGCCCUUCCACAGGGACCGGCGCGACUUCCUGCUGGAGCCCAACCAUGAGAUGGAGGUGAAGCUGGACUUCAAGCAGGACGAAUACCUGGAGCAGCUGGUGGACCAGGCAGCCAUGAUGUUCACUGUCACCGGCAGAGUCCGUGAGACGGGGGAGUCUAUUGUCCAACAGCUGAACUUCCGACUCCGGACCCCCGACCUGCUCAUCACCCCGCUGGGUGUUGCCGUGGUGGGAAAGGCGGUGAAGGUAGAGGUGUGUCUGAAGAACCCCCUGCCCAUCUCCCUCUCGGGGGUGGUCCUGCGAUUCGAGGGGGCUGGCCUGCAAGGUCCGAAGGCCUACAAAGUCGGGAACGUGCCGCGGCAGGGGACGGUGACGGUGACGGAGACCCUCCUGCCCCGCCGGGCGGGCCGGCGGAAGCUGGUCUGCAGCCUGGACUCUCCGCAGCUGACUCAGGUGCACGGUGUGGCCGAGCUCGAGGUGCGGGAUGCCUGAGGAGGGGGUGCACGCGGGGCCGGCAGCAACGGCGCAGAGGCCCGGAGCCCCGAGCCUGACCCCCCGGUCAGAUGGCCAACGUCCUGCAAUGUGACUGUGUUCGGAAGCACUUUUCGAGGGUGGGGCCCAUCCAGCCCGACUGCCCCUACCCCCCCAACCCUUCCCCCUCCUGUACAUCUGAACUUCAGCUCGAACUUAAGUGUCCAAGCACAGUAUUUAGUUGUCUGGUCUGUGAGCACCUCUCUCUUCGUGCAGCUGCUCAGGACCAGUUGUUUCGUCUGUGGAUUUUUCCAAUAAAAUCAAUUCAGCAAGUUCAGAUUUUGUAUUAUGUUCUUUCUCAAUUCCCCAUUGCAGACCCAGUCAGUUCGGAUCAGUGCAACAUCUCCUCCGCAAUCUCCAUCAGCCCAGGCAGGAGCACUGCAGGGCUGGGUGCUCAGCCCCCCGCUCGACUCACUCGACACCCAUGACUGUGAGGCUAAGCAUGGCUCCAAUGCCAUUUUCAAGUUUGCUGUCGUAGGACAAAUCAAGGGUUGAGAUAAUUCAGCAUACAGGAGCGGGAUUCAAUAUCUGGCUGGGUGAUGUCACAAUGACCUCUCACUCAGUGUCAGCAAGACCGAGGAGCUGACGAUUGACUUCAGAGGUCUAUCAGCUGGUCCUCAUCGGUGGACCAGAGGUGGAGAGGAUCAGCAAGUUUAAAUUUGUCACUGUCAUUAUUCAGAGGACCUGUCCCGGGCCUAGCUUGGAAGAACAAUCACGAGAAAAACACAGCAGUGUCUCUUAAAGGUUUGCAAAGAUUUGGCAUGGCAUCUAAAACUUUGACAAACUUCCACAGGUUGGCAGUGGAGAGUAUUUCGACUGGCUGCAUCACAGCCUGGUGUGGGAACACCAAUGCCUUCGAAUGGAAAAUCCUACAAAAAGUUGUGGAUAGGGGCCCAGUCCGUCAUGGGUAAAGCCCUCCCCACCACUGAGCACAUCGACAUGGAGUAUCGUCGCAGGAAAGCAGCAUCCAUCGUCAGGGACCCCCACCACCCAGGUCAUGCUGUCUUCUUGCUGCUGUUAUCAGGGAGAAGGUACAGGAGCCUCAGGACUCACAACACCAGGUUCAGGAACAGUUACCACCCCUCAACCACUGGCUCUUGAACCACAGGGAAAACUUCACUCAACCUCACAUGCCCCAUCAUUGAAAUGUUCCCAGAACCAAUCGACUCACUUUCAAGGACUCUUCAUGUCAUGAUCUCAGUAUUUAUUGCUUAUUUAUAUAUUAUUAUUAUUUCCUCUUUAUAUAUUUGCAGUUUGUUGACUUUUCUUCACUGGUUGAACACCCAAGUUGGUUCGGACUUUAACU